ACCGGAUGAUCUGUUGAUGAAGCUCGUGUGUCUGCGGUCUGGAGCCUGACUGCUCUCGCGCUCUUCCGUGGCCAUGAGUGCGGAGAAGCCCAACUUCCUGUCUCAACCUGAGGUGAAAAACAUCUAUUUCUAUCGGAACGGGGAUCGCUAUUACGAGCCCAGGCGCUUGGUGAUUAACUCGAAGCGGGUUUCGACCUUCGACACGCUGCUGCGGGAGGUGACCGGCGGCGUGAGGGCUCCGUUCGGCGCGGUCCGGAGCAUCUACACGCCCAAAGCCGGACACCGGGUCCAGUCCCUGGAGCACCUGCGCAGCGGAGAGCAGUACGUGGCCGCUGGACGAGAGAGCUUCAAGAAGAUCGAUUACUUACAGAUAGGAUCCAGGAAGAAAAAAGUGCUUCAGACCAAUGGAGUGCUCAAGCCGGUUCCUCAGAGUCGUCUGAUCGUGUCUGCCAGAUUCCUCAAGCCCAUCAAAGAGCCCUGCGCUGUAUUUGUCGUGGCCAAUGGAGACGUCCUGAACCCAGUGGUGAGGUUGCUGAUUCCCAGCCGUGUGAUUGGUCAGUUUGAGCGGAUUCUGGAGAUGAUCACAGAGAAAAUGGGCCUGCGGAUCAUUGGGGGUGUCCGGAGUCUGUACACCUUUGAAGGGACUCUGGUUCUGGACGGAAAGGAGUUAGAAAACGGACAGUUUUACGUCGCUGUUGGCAGAGACAGAUUCAAAAAGCUUCCAUACAGCGAGCUGCUCUUCAGUAAAGCCAUCGGCGUGAAGAGAGUGAACGGGUCUAAAGCGGCGUCACUACCUCCGAUAUACAAAUACAGACAGCAGAAUGGAGAUGUGGUGAGUGAGUGUGAGUGUGCAGCGGAGAAGAGCAGUCCUCCGGCGCAGAGCUGUAAAGAGCAGCUGUCGUCUGUGGUCCGAGAGAUCUCACAGGCCAAGCUCAUGAACAUCCGCAAGAAGAGGAGCGGACUCACUCAGAACAACAAUGAUGCAGAGGAUGGAAGAGCAGAAGAUGAGAAAUCUUCACCGGUCCAGCAGGGGGCAGAGGAGACCACUCCUGAUGUAGACCACUCACCAACAACAGAAGAAUCAGCAUGUGACGGAGAAGAAGAGAAGAGACCAGAGGAGGAGAAGAAAGAGGAGGAGAAGAAAGUGGAGGAGAAGAAAGAAGAGGAGGAGAAAGAGGAGGAGAAGAAAGAAGAGGAAGAGAAAGAGGAGAAGAAAGAAGAGGAGGAGAAAGAGGAGGAGAAGAAAAAAGAGGAGGAGAAAGAAGAGGAGAAAGAGGAGGAGAGGAAAGAGGAAGAGAAGAAAGAAGAGGAUGAAGAAAUAAAGGAAGAGGGACAGGCAUCAGAACCAGAAUCAAAUGAUGAUGGUGAAGAGAAGCAGGAUGAAGAAGCUGAAGGAGGAGAUGAAGAGGAGAAACCAGAUGAAGAAGAGGAAAAGCAGGAGAACACAGAGAACGAGGGAGAGCUGACGGAGGAGAAUCCAGAUCCCGGUGAGGAUGCGUCCUCAAAUACUGAAUGAGAAAACCUGAAGGAGUUCAGCUAGAAAUGAUCGGCUGCCAUCAUGUGUGAUUUUCUGCCUCCUGCAGAGCACAGAAGGAGAACUUUAAUGUGAAAAUAUUCUGCCUGUUUUCUGUAUAACAUUUAAACGAUGGAACAGAGAGACCAGAACAUUCUUCAACAUAUCUUCUUUGUGUGACAAGACAGAAAGUCAUUCAACUGAUCACUUCUGGGUGAACUGUGCCUUUAGAGGAUGAUACAUUACUGUGAUUACUACUCAUUUAUUCAUAUCAUUAAUUUAUUGUAUUGAGAUUCUAAUACUGUGAACAGAUUUAAUUACAGCUAUUUUUGCCAGUUAGGAUUUGAUAAAAUAAAUAUUUUCCAUAUAGUAACAUACAUUUGGUAAUAAAGUGAGUUCCAGUGGUAAUAUCUGCAAAUCAGAUAGGUGUUAUGUUUGCUAAAAUAUUUAUUUUAGAUACUUUUUGUCAAGAGAGCUAAAUACAUACAUUUUUAUUCAUCUUCCAGUCUCUCCUGUGCAUGUCAUGACUGUUAUAUUAUCAUUUCAACUGACUUAACAUCAGUCCUGAAGGAUAAGCUACAUGCAAACUAAAUACAUAUCUGAAUACAGUCUUUCACAGA